AUGGGUCGCCGUUGUGAAGGCGCCUCGCCGUGCACCUGCCAGGCACAGCUGAUUGGAUCAUCGCCAGCAUCAGCACCAACAUGGCUGCCCCGGUGAGGAUGGCGCGUCUCUCCCUCGCCGCCCGGCGUGUGUGUGCCUGCCAGCCCCGCAGAGGGCUGCAAGGGCUGUCGGCAGCGGCAGCCACAGCGAGGACACACUCCCCUACAGGCAGGCAAAGGCAGCUGGUCCUGUGUGUGGCUCCCCCCCCGCUGGUGGUGGCGGUCCGGCACACCAGCUUCUUCAACAAGUUGACGGCAGAUCAGCUGUGGAAGGGGGUGACCAGCGUGAGCAAUGCAGGCAAGAAGCAAGGUCGAGGGAAGGGGGUGGGCAAGCGCCUGGCAAAGAACCUCAACCGUGGCCAGGUCAUUGGUGUGGGAAAGGAGAACAUGGUGUGGCCGGGCCUGAACUCACCCAUCCUGCGCGGCCGAGAGUUGGUCCAGCAGCAGCUCUUACCGAGGGACGAGGAGAGGGAGGCCAAGCUGAUCAAGAUGCGGGACUCCAUGGGACGGUUCCGCUCCCUCCAGCUUGACCCCAUGGAGCGAGGCUGGAGUGGGACCAGGAUGCCGGGGCGCAGUAUUGGUCCUCCUGAUCCUAUUGGGGAAGACAACUUCGAGGGCUUUGACACCAAGGUUCUGGAGCUGAAGGUGGUGACCUGCAUGACGGCAAUCUUUGGCCGGAAGCGACGCAUGAGUGUCUUCGCAGUGACAGGCAACGGCAACGGACUGGCUGGCUUCGCGCUGAGCAAGGCCACCACUGCCCACGCCGCCCUCCGGAAGGUGAAGAACAGGGCCGGGCAGAAGCUCCUCUACAUCCACCGCUAUAAUAACCACACAGUGCUACAUGACUUCUUCUCCCAGUACGGCAAGACCAAGAUUUACGUCCAGAAGAUGCCGGAGGGGUACGGGCUGGUGUGCCACCGGGCCAUCCGCACCAUAUGCCAGGUGGUGGGCAUCACUGACCUGUACGCCAAGGUGGAGGGCUCCUGCAAUGUUCAGAAUAUGACCAAAGCCUUCUUCCUGGGGCUGAUUAACCAGAAGACACACCAGCAGCUGGCCAACGAGAAGAAGCUGCAUCUGGUGGAGGUGCGCGAGGAGAGACACAACUUUCCGCAGGUGGUGGCAUCGCCCGAGGACGGGGAGGUGCGGACUAGGGCGGAGAUACCCCAAGAGGAGGAGAUGGACUUUACCAGGCACAUACUGGACGGGCGAGUGCGGUUGGUCAAGAAGAAGUACCCGCCCUUCUACUCCAAGUACUACAGUUACGAGAUCCACAUGAAGAGCUUUGCUAAACGGAGAAACCACGAGAAGAUAAAAUUGGACAUGAAAGUGAAUGAAGGUGAGGUCAGGAGUUUCUACACAGACAAGUACCCCGAGUGCAGGCCAGGCCCACCCAAGAGGGAGAGAGAGGAGGAGGCUGAGAUGUAGGAUGUGUGGGAUGAGGAAGAAUAUGAUCAAGGAGAAAAGAUAGAGGAGGAGGAGGAGGAGGAGAAAGAGCACUGAAGAGGGUAUAGUCAGUAGGAGAAGGUGAUGGCACAGAGUUAGGAUAUGAUCGAGGGAGAAAGGAUGAAGAGAUGGACACAAGAGGAGGAGGAAGAGGAAAAGGGUAUGGUUAGGAGUGAAGGAAGAGGAGGAGAAGGUGAUGAUGUAGGAUGUGAAGGAAAGUAUGAGGGAGUGAUUGCAGAAUGAGAAGUGAAGGAAGAUCAUAGGAAGAAGAAUACAAAGGAGGAAUGUUGAAGAGGAGAAAGAAAGAAGAGGCAAAAAAAAAAGGAAGAAAUAUAAGUGAAGAGGAGGAGGAGUUUGUCAAGAGAGAGAGAGAGAGAGAGGUAUCAAUGCUAUCAGUGGUUUAUCUUUAUCUACCUUCCUUUACCUUAAUCUGCUUACCUAAUGACAUUCACAGUUUGAAAAAGCUUAGGUAAGGAGAAGAAAGGUAAUGGUGUGAUAGGAAGGAUAAUGGCUGAAUGUGUUAAUAAGAAGAGGGAUUACAUGGUUAUUUGAAUCUGUUAAAUGGUUAUGGACAAAUAGGAAGAGGAAAGGAGUUAAUGGAGGUAGAGUUAUGGUAGGUAAUGGCAUGGUAGAGAUAACAGGAGAGGAGUUAAUAGGGAAAAUAAUGGUAGGUGGAGAUGGGUACGAAAAAGAAAAUAGGAUAAAAGAAAACAAGGGAAGGGAAGUUAAUGGGGAAAUAAUAGUAGGUAAUGGUUUGGUUAUUAAUGAAGAUGGUAGAACAUUUAGCAGGGAAAGUAACGGUAGCUGAAGAUGGGUGAAAUACUGGAUAUGGAUACGAUAACAAAAAUGUGAUGAAGGAAAACAAGGGAAAAUAAGUUAAUAGGCAAGUAAUGGUUUGGUGGUUAAUGGAAAUGGUAGGACAUGAGUUAAUAAGAAAAAUAAUGGUAGAUGGGGAUGCAUGAAAUAGAGGAUAUGGAUACGAUUAGGGAAAAUAAGUUAAUGGUUUGGGGAUUAAUGGAAAUGGUAGAACAUGGGUCAGUAAGGAAAAUAGGUGGUUGAGUGAAAUGGAGGAUAUUGAUAAGAGAACAAAAAUGGGGGAAUGGGAGUUGAUAGGAAAAAGAAAUGGUAAAUGGUGUAGGAUGUGAAGGAGAGAUAGGAAGAAUGACACGUAGGUAGAGGAUAAUUAAAAAAAAAAAAAGGAUGAAAGCAAAAUAAAUCUGAAGGAAAAGGAAAAAGGUCAAGGGUAAAAAAAUGAAUUAGGAAAGUUUAAAAUGACACAGGUGGACUUGAUGGAUGAUUAUUGGUCAUGAAUUGAUUUAGUAAAGAUGUGUACUGUAAAUGCAUUCAUGUUGUUAUGUUAAUUAUUACUUGUAUAUAUACUUAUGCACUUUGUAAUAAAAGAUUGUACAUUG